AUGCUGACCCUGAUGCGAACUCUUGAGCAAGAAUUUCGCCAAAAUCGUCGAUUGAGAAUGCUCCGUGCUACCGGUCACUGUUCAGCCGUCAUUGCCAGCCCCCUGUUUGACAGAUGUAAAGAAAUUCAAAAAGUAUUGGAAAAUUCAAAACCGUUGGACAAUUUGGAAAAAUUGAUGACCAAAUACGCCAUACCUAGACCAUCGUGUGGACUACCCCCGUAUAGUCCGAAACUCACUUUGACCAGAUUGGAACAAAUUUAUCCCCGGUUAGCUCCGGAAAGAUUCUACACCGUUCAACUGCCUGAAAAUCAUCCGAGUUUCGAUCAGCGACGUGCCGGUCUCAUCCUCCGACAACACUUAUCGAACGGGCAAAUCAAAGCACUGUUUAUUGCAGGCACAGAACAAAACAGUCCGGCCAAUCGACACUCGACGACGGUUCUGAUCGUUUAUCAUGUGGCUCGCCAGAAAGUGAUUCAGCCCCCGGCUUGGGGUCUCCGAAUCGAAUCCAUGCAUAGGCACGCAUUAAAUUUGAGAUGCGGGGAUCGACUGGUUGCCAUUUCUGGGUUUCCGUUGAAUUGGCGUACCCUGGAAUUACACCGAUUUGGUUUGUUGGAUGCUGAAGAACUCAAAGGUCUUCAGUUCAACGCGAAUCUGCAUGAUUUGGCACGUCAUCUGUUGGACGAACCUUAUCGACUGGAUCGUUAUGGUUCUGAUCCUAAAAUCAAUAGGGCAAAACCUUUGUUGGUGUUGAUUAGUCGAAAAAAGAAUGUUGAAUUGCAUGGAAAGCGUGGCAGCGAUGGCUCAAUCACUCAUAGCUCUAAACCUGACAAGACUGGUACCUCAAAAGACACAUGCGACGUCCUGUAUCGUGAAACAGUUCUUGACGCCUCGAAUCCAGAUUCCGGUCUUGGAUUGCAACUGGGAUUUGAUGAGGAUGCAAAUGGUGUUUACAUUGUUUCAAUAUUUCCCAACAGUCAAGCUGCAGUGGAUGGAAUUCUACGAGAAGGUGAUCGUAUUACCGAGAUCAACUAUGAUGGGAUUGAAAGAAUGGAUCCGCGGGAAGCGUUGAAAAAAAUCAAAUCAAUCUGUCAGAAAACCUCAUUUGUUCAGCUGAAAGUGGCUCGACCUGUACACGAUUUGGAUGAUCAUCCGGUCCAGUUGUUAGCACCCGAGUAUGACAUCUCCAACUCCACAUGCGGUCUAGGCCUCAGUUUGGAAGGGACAAUGGAACAGGAAGAGGGCGAUUUAAAUCCUGUUCCGCAUCACUACAUUGUUGAUUUGACUCCAAAAGGACCAGUCGAACGUCUGGGCAUUUUGAAAGCGGAGGAUGAACUGCUUGAGAUCAACGAUCAAAUUCUCUAUGGCGAAGACCAUCUUAAAGUUGCCCGAAUACUGCACAACAUAAAUCUCACAGGUUAUCUGAUUUGUGCUCGAUAUCAACGCGUGGAUUUCCCGAUCACCUCAUUGGAAGACCAUCCGGAAGAAACAAAGCACCAAGCAGAACAGACUUCUCCGCGCAUCCGGCAAUCCGAUGUCGACUCGAUUUAUUUCUCUCAACCGGUCGCGUGUCCGGUGAGAAAACGGUCCAUUGGAGUGGAUGAGGCUCUCCCGAAUGCGGGGAAAGAAGACGGAAAGGAUCAGGAACAUGUUUUGGUUGAAUACGGUUCGGAAGACAAUUCGGAUGUAGACAGAAAUCCCACACCGUCAAAGGUGAUUUUUGCUCGGUCGAUUCAUCGAUCAGAUGACGAAGGGACUGAAUCAUCCAAUCAGUUGACAGUGUUGCGAAUCAACCAGGAAACGGAGGCAUCCGAGGAAAUUCAGUUAACUCGUUUCCCCGAUCCUGGACACGAUCCCGAGGCGGAAGAUAAAACAAGUGUGGAUGGCCCGCUGUACACACCAGGCUAUUCACGUUUACCAAUGCCCGCGAGACUUGCCCGUCUGUCUGACGAGAUCCCUCAAAAACAACAAAAACAACAUCAACAUCGUGUACCUAUACACCAUCGAUCGACGGCCAGCAGUUUGAACCGAGUAGAAGUGACCGCGGCCACGCGUUCACAAUCCAUGGAUGCGAUAUAUCAACCGGACAAGAAUUGUCUCCGUCUAACGUUGACGAAAUCGGCUGGCGAAUUUCUGGGCAAGUACAUCGAGUCAAACAGGGUGAACUUUUCUAGUCUGGAAAUAGAUGCGGAAGAUGGCGGCCCGAAUGGGAUCAUGCUUCUCGGUGUCAUUCCCGACAGUCCGUUGGAUCGUUUGCGAAGCGCCGGUAAAAAAACUCCCGCUUGGGACUCGCGCAGCUCUUUGCAUCGUUACUCCUCCUCGUCCGAACGACAGUCUGGUUAUUUACCGCCCAAAACGGGCGAUUGGAUUGCCGCUGUGGCUGGUUACACGUUUCGGAAUCGUCCAAAUUUCAAGGCACGUCGCUUACUGCGUCGACUGGUCGUCUCUGCUGGCAUGGUAGAGUGA